GGGAUGAACAGACAUGAAGGUUAUUGACGAUUGGUCUUCUGUGUUUCCCCAUUGCGAAUGAGAAUUAAAGGGCUAUCUGAUAACGUACAGCUGGCGCCAUCAGUUUGGGGGGGCGGAUGGGCUUCAGUGACGUCAUUCUCGGGGGACCUUGAUGUGACUUUGGUGCUUGGCUGCUUCUCGUGCAGUGACCGAUCAGCUGGGACUCCCGAAGUAGAAGCAGCAUGAACGUCGGCGACCAGGACCGUGCUGCCCCGGUAGUGGAGCGUGCACACGCUACUGGUCAUUGAUGAAUGCCUGUCACGGAGCUGCUCACCACUAGACGUUUUCUAUGUCUUUCCUGGACUGCUUGUGUGUUACACAGACACUGGUGGAGACCCUGAGCAGUCAGGACCCCUCUGAUGGCGUGAGCCACCAGUAUCUGAGCAGUGAGCCAGCACCAUGCUCAACGCCCACAAAAGUGCCUGCUGAAGAAAAAACUAUCUACGCAUCUGAUGCCAGUCACUACCAGCUGCUGUCUGAACUGGGAAGGGGCUUCAAUAACCACAGCUUGAUAGCCACAGCGAGACACCAUCCUUGCAGCCGUCUGGUGGCCAUUCGCCUAACAAAUCUGGACAGGUGUGGUGACGAGGACGUGCGAGCUCUGCAGAAUGAAGUUCUGAGGACACGUCUGUUCUCCCACCCUAAUAUUCUCAGAAGCCAUGUGGCAUUCUUGUCAAGCAGUUGGCUUUGGGUGGUCACUCCACUCAUGGACUUUGGCUCAGCAGAGUGCCUCCUGAGGACCUACUUUCCUGAUGGUAUGAGUGAAUCGCUUAUCGCCUAUAUCCUGUAUGGAGUCUUGCAGGCGCUUGUCUACCUACAUGGCAUGGGCUUCAUCCAUAGGAGCAUUAAGGCUAGCCACAUCCUGCUAUCUGGUGAUGGCCGCGUCUGCCUGACUGGACUGCGAAGCCUCUGCAGCAUGAUGCAACAUGGCAAGAGGUCAAGAGUUGUGUUCGACAUUCCAGAGAACAGCGCCUCCAUCCUACCGUGGCUGAGUCCUGAAGUGCUGCGUCAGGACCUGCACGGCUAUGACGUCAAGUCUGACUCCUAUAGCUUGGGUAUAACGGCCUGUGAGCUGGCUAGUGGACGAGUGCCCUUUCAGAAUGUUCACCCAACACUGAUGCUGUUGCAGAAACUGAGUGGCACUCCGUUCUCCCUGCUGGACACAACUCCUUUUCCAUUGCAAGGACUCCGGCUGAAAGCGUCUCGCUCAGGGGUGGACUCGGGCAUCGGGGAGAGCGUAGCAGCGUCCAGUCUCAUGCGUACCAUGACGGCAGAGCGGCCACAGAGUCCGGCCCCAAAAAACUUCUCCUCUCUCUUUCACAACCUGGUUGAGCUGUGUAUUCAGCAGGAGCCUGAGAAACGCCCGUCUGCCAGCUCCCUCUUAACUCACACCUUCUUCAGGCAGGCCAAGAUGCAGUCCAAGGAAACCGUCCUCGACCUCCUGCAGCCAGCCAUCCCACUGAGUAGCUUGCCCGCUCGGCCCAGACUGCCCACCGCUUCUGCCCACUUCAUCUCCGCUACCUCACAGGGCCGGGCAAGCAGCCCCUGGGAAUUCUAGGCUUCUGAAAUGGCAGAUGUGAGUUUGUCCUCGCUGUUGCGGGUCUUUUAAAAUGUCACAUGAGACUCCAUCUUUUCUUCACCCUGCAAUUUGCAGUUCUUUCCUAGACCUGUUCCUGCUGCUUGAUGGCCCGGUGGCUGUGACUUAUCAUUCAGUUCAGGCAGUCAGGCGUCUCUUUCACCAACACCACCAAAGUCUUUCUAGCCAAGAGUUGGGUUUGCAUGAAAACCCAGAACUGCUAAGGGUGCAGCUCAGAGGUGGGUCUCAAAGAAGCUUCCAAAUUGAAGGAGUUGGCUGCUGCUGAUGCUGCUAUCAAGUUGGGACACGGUGCACCUCAGUGCGCACCUAAUACACUAUGACACCUAAUGACAACUAAUGAUCUGAUGCUUCUCCAGAAUGUGCUAUGGAGCCAAGAUGGCAGAGGGUUCAGCCACCAACUGGAAUGUGAACUGGUGACUGUGGACUAAGGAGCUCGUUGCCAAGGGCUGGUCUGGCCGGAUGGACCUCAGACACUGCCAGGUGUGUCUCUAAGGGGCCACCGUGCACAUCCUGGUCACAUUUGUUCUGGAACAUCCGGAUUUUAGUUCCACUGUCAGCCUGGCGGGAAGGGGCUGGAACGUGUACAUGCAUGUGAUUUUAAAGUUACGGUCUUUCAUUUUGUACGGAUUCCAAAAACGUUCUAAUAAAAUUGUUGCCACACGUCA